AUGGCCACCCAAGUCCCCCAGAGUACUAUCGAUACGCUCGCCGCCUCCGUCUACGAACAAUGUCUCCAAGCGCCCACCGGCUUUCUCUUCUCCAUCUCACAACUCCAGGAGAUGGUCCCGGGAAAGAGCAAUCUCGAGGUGACGCAGCACGUGCUCAAUGAGCUCCUGCGUACCCGCUCCCUCAGCGCCAUGACGCAGGGCAACCAGACGCUGUUCAAGGCGGCGGCGAGGGACUAUGCGGACAAGGUCAAGAACAUGUCGGGCGACGAGGAGAUUCUGUACGGAUACAUCCAGGAAGCGGCCAGAGAGGGCAUCUGGACCAAGACACUCAAGGCAAAGACGAACAUGCACACGACCACCAUGAAUAAAGCUCUUAAGGGCCUUGAGGGGAAGCGCUUUGUGAAGGCGAUCAAGUCUGUAAAGUACCCCGCCCGUAAAAUCUACAUGCUCUACGAGCUCACCCCGUCCAUCGACGUGACCGGUGGGCCCUGGUUCACCGAUGCUGAGCUCGAUAACGAGUUUAUCAACGAGCUCCUGACGGCAAUCACAAAAUUCAUCACCUCCAAGUCUUUCCCGCGGAUUGUGCGCGGCAGCAGUGUCGCCUCUUUCCCGCCGGGUUAUACUGGUUAUCCCUCACAGAAUGAGAUCUACCGCUGGGUCAAGAGCAGCAACCUCACAGAGGUGGAUCUGGCAGAGGCCGAUAUCAGGAAUCUGCUCGAUGUGUUGGUGUACGAUGGCAAGAUUGAGAGGGUUGUGGGCGGGACGGCGUAUAGAGCUGUCAGGAAGCCUGAGAGUGUUAAUGGCUUCACGGAGAGCCCUUGUGGGAGGUGCCCGGUUUUCUCGCUUUGCAGAGAGGGCGGGCCGGUCAGUGCAAGUAAUUGCGUGUAUUUCGAGGACUGGCUCAACUUUUGA